AUGAUCCGACUGCUGCUCCUCACCCGGCUCUUUCCUCAGUGUCGGCUGUGUGGCGUUAAGCUCCAGACGGUCGAUAAGACCCGUCCCGGCUACUUUGUUGCCGGCGUCGCCAAGCAGCCCCUUGCAAAGACCCAAAAGUACGAUGAGCUCGAACUGAAGCUUAGCGACGCCGAUCGCGCUCUAUUAGGGCUCGGACCACUGGCAGCAACUUCUGCCAAAGCCCACAGUCACGACCUGGAGCUGACAACGGCUCCGGAGUGCACCCGGUGCCGUGAUGUCCAGUAUCGACUGCAAAUGGUCCAGCCGCUUCCUCCGCUCGGAUUCCACGAAAUGAUGGACUACGUCGACCCUACCGCUCCGGUGGUGGUUGUCGUCAGUGCUCUUGAUUUCCCCUUGGGAUUUGAUGGCGGGAUUUUCCGCCACCGGUCGCCUAUCGACGUUCGAGUGGUGGUGAAUAAGGCCGAUCUCUGGUUCUCCACCAACCAGAAGGCGUCCAAGUAUGGGGCUACCUUCUUUGAGGACUAUUUCGCUCAUAAACACGGUAUUCCGCGUCAUAACGUCGCCGUGGUGCUGGCUAAACUCGGGUGGAACGUCGCCAAAUUAGCAUCGUGGCUCCCUCAAGACGCUCACGUCGUCGGCCACGUCAACCUGGGCAAGCUGACGCUCGUGGGCCAGCUCCAGCUUCAACAUUUACGCCACGAAGGCGACGUACCGUUGACACUGCUGCAACGACGCCAGCUUGAAAAACUCCAGGAUAAAGGUAUCCACACGACGAAAGCACUGAUGAAAAAACGACUCCACGAAAAGAUGGCCCUGGUGGUGGGUCCGGGGACUCUGUACAUGCCUGGGUAUACUCGUGGGGUGAUUGCCACCGAUAUCAGCGCUACCAAGACGAUCUACGAUGUCCCUGGGUUUGACGUCGCUUCCGGCCACGGAGUAUUUGGCUUGCUUAACGCUCAACAACUGGCGGAGGGCCGUCACCAGUUUAAACACGUGAGCAAAGGCGCCAAAGUGUUUGAUAAGGGCGACCACUGGGCCCACUACGAGUCGGUGACCAAGCGGGGCCAGGUGCUUCUGUUUGGUGGCCUCUUCGGCGUCGAGUUCCCCGGGGGGAUUUUCCAGGUCCGCAACGUUACUGCGAUUGAACCCACUAAGUUUAGAGAUUACGCUAAGUUUGAUGCGGUGAGGGCGGCGCCGCUGGCCUACGACGGCAUGGAGCUGAAGUUCUUUGGCGUGGGCAGCGAGAACUUGACCCGGUAUAUUAUUCCUCCCUUUUACGGUCCCGUGGACGUGGUCCUCCGGGGACUCGGACACCUCUCCAUCACUCCCACGGGGAGGAAAGAACUGAAUGAUGCCAUUGCCGUCUACCUCCCUCCACACCUCGACGCGGUGGCGCGACAGCCGAUCACCGGCUACAUCGCUAAGCUGUUGACGGGACGAGACAAAAACGGGAACGUUCUACGGAAAGAAAACAUGAAGAAGAGCACGCUGGCGCUCCGCCGGUACGCCGCCAAGACGCCGCUUACGGCUCAGCUUAUCCCCUCGCCGUCGCAAGCUCACGACGCCGCCGCCAUUGCUGAGUGGUCAGGCAUCCCCUACGACGACAGCACCGUCAUUGAUGAACAUAACCGGUACGACUACUGGCGGGAGUAA